AGUUCAUUCGUGUGAGUCCACGUUUUAAAUUUUAGAUAUGAGUGGAAGAGCGAGUUCGAACUUGGGACACCGGAGACCUCUUCUUCAAUUGGACUUCCAUCGACAAUUUUUUUUAUUAAUAAACGUUUUCCUUGUCGUGUCUACGUGCAUGAGGCUUUAGCGAGCCCACGGCCCAGCUGUAUGCCAUUUCGUAAUAACCCUAGAUGCACAGGGAUUAGAAGAAAUGGCGGCAGAAGAGGGACAAGUGAUCGGUUGCCACGCGAAUGAUGUAUGGGCCGUGCAGCUCGACACCGCCAAACAAUCCAACAAGCUGAUUGUGAUAGAUUUCACUGCUUCAUGGUGCCCACCAUGCCGCAUGAUUGCUCCAGUUUUCGCAGAUCUGGCCAAGAAGUUCAUGUCAAGUGCCAUCUUCUUCAAGGUGGACGUCGAUGAACUGCAGAGUGUAGCUCAAGAGUUUGGUGUGGAGGCAAUGCCGACCUUUGUGUUCAUCAAAGACGGAAAUGUUGUUGAUAAGGUCGUUGGUGCAAGGAAGGAAGAUCUUCAUGCCACAAUAGCCAAGCAUACUGGUGUUGCUACUGCUUAAAGUUGGUUAUGAGACAAUAAUAAACUCCAGUUAGUUUUAUUUUAAGUUUCGCUAAUGGUAAUGGGGAUAUUGUAGAUUGAGUUGAAUAAUGUAGUAGUUAAGUGAUCUCUGACUCUUUCGAGUCUGCAACAAUAUUAUAAUACAUCAUAAGACCAUUGCCUUUAUUA